AUGCACCGGGCCGCUGUGCUACGUCAUUUAUGGCAACGGUCCUGGACCCCAGCCAAUCUUCUGACUGCGCCCAGGCCGGCCUCCUAUCUUUGUUUCGGCCAUCGCGUAAUCGCAAGAUCGGUCGCGACAACCGCAACCACCGCGGACCAGCGCUUGAGCCGAAGCGACCAUCCAGAUGCGUUCACAGGCACCGCCACUCUGCCGUCCCGCAGAGAGGCAAUUAGGAAUGCCAAGCCGUUUUCCGACUUCCUCACAGAUACCUUCAACCGACAGCACGACUAUCUCCGUAUCUCACUGACGGAAAGAUGCAACCUCCGAUGCCUAUAUUGCAUGCCCGAGGAAGGAGUACCACUUUCCCCGGAUCGCGAUCUGCUCACAACCCCGGAGAUCGUCCUGCUGUCGUCAGUCUUCGUCUCACAGGGCGUCAGUAAAAUCCGUCUCACAGGCGGGGAGCCCACAGUGCGCCGGGACAUUGUGCCCCUGAUGCGCCGCAUAGGCGACCUGAGGUCCCAUGGCCUGCGCGAGCUCUGCCUCACCACCAACGGAAUCGCCCUGCAUCGCAAGCUGGAACCCAUGGUCGAGGCCGGCCUCACUGGUGUGAACCUCAGCCUGGACACGCUCGACCCGAAUUUGUACCGGAUCAUGACGCGGCGCGACGGCCUCGAGGCGGUCAAGCGUGGUAUUGCGCGAAUCCUCGAUAUAAACGAGCGCGGCGGCCCGCAGGUGAAACUCAAGAUCAACUGCGUUGUCAUGCGCGGGAUGAAUGACCAGGAAAUCAUCCCUUUCGUCGAGAUGACGCGCGAUCAGGACAUCGAGGUCCGCUUCAUCGAGUACAUGCCCUUUGACGGCAACCGGUGGAGCAAAGGCAAGAUGUUCAGCUACGAGGAGAUGCUAGACCGGAUCCGCGAAGUCCACCCGGGCCUGGAGCGCCUGAAGGGCCACAAGAACGACACGAGCAAGACGUUCCAGGUGCCUGGGUUCAGGGGGAAGGUUGGCUUCAUCACGAGCAUGACGCACAACUUUUGUGGGACGUGCAACAGGCUGAGGAUCACGAGCGAUGGGAACCUCAAGGUGUGCUUGUUUGGCGAUGCAGAAGUCUCGCUACGGGAUUUGCUGAGGCAAUCGAAUGAGGGUGAACCCAUCGAUGAAGAUGCCAUCGAAAGGCUGCACAGGAUCGCUGUUCAGCAGAUGUUGGAGGCACGACAGUCGGCGAGUGAAACCACUGAUAUCGACACCUCAUCGAUGCCCAUCGCCAUUCCAAACUCCCAAGAACUGCUUGAUUUGAUCGGAAUGGCAGUGAAGCGCAAGAAGGCGAAGCACGCCGGGAUUGGCCAGCUCGAGCAUAUGAAAAACAGACCAAUGAUUUUAAUUGGCUUUUGGAGAAAUGGCCAAAGUAUCCCCUGGAAACUGCUAGGCCCUGGCGGAGGUACAGGCGCGUCUGCCCCAGGCGCGUUUUGGCAGGCGGCGAGGCGGUUCACGAAGACUGCGCGAAAGCUGGACAAGACCGAGAAGGACGAUGCACCCACAAAACCACGGCUCACGCACGUUUCUGACUCUGGCGCCGCGCACAUGGUGUCCAUCGCGGCCAAGGCGGUGACCUCACGCGUCGCGACGGCGGCGUGCACGGUGGUCUUCAGCAACGCGACGGCGGCGCGCCUGAUCCGAGAGAACCAAAUGAAGAAGGGCGACGUGCUGGGCGUGGCGCGCGUGGCGGGCAUCAUGGCGUCCAAGAAGACGUCGGACCUCAUCCCGCUCUGCCACCCGAUCCCCAUCUCGCGCGUGAGCGUCAACCUCGCCGUCUCGGACCCUUCGGGAGGGGACAGGGAAGCGGCGGCGGCUGCAACGGUCGAGGUCAGUGCGACGGUCGAGUGCGACGGCAAGACGGGCGUCGAGAUGGAGGCGCUCACGGCGGCCAGCACGGCGGCCCUGACAGUCUACGACAUGUGCAAGGCGGUGGACAAGGGGAUGCGGAUCGAGGGUCUGCGAGUGGUGCUCAAGGACGGUGGCAAGAGUGGGCGGUGGGUUGAGGGCGGCCGGGAGCCGUCUACGGUGCCGGGGACGGAGUGA